UUGCUUUUGCUUGCCAGUAUGUUUGUGCUAGUGGAAAUGACAGAUACUGUGCGAAUACCUCCAUGGCAAUUUGAAAGGAAGCUUAAUGAUGCUAUCACAGAAGAAUUAAACAAGAAGCUAGCAAAUAAGGUUGUGUAUAACGUUGGCCUCUGUAUUUGUCUGUAUGACAUCACAAAGCUGGAAGAUUCCUACAUAUUUCCAGGAGAUGGUGCAUCACACACAAAAGUGCAUUUUCGGUAUGUUGUAUUUCACCCUUUUCUGGACGAAAUUCUGGUUGGAGAGAUAAAAGGUUGCAGUCUGGAAGGAGUCCACGUUUCUCUUGGGUUUUUUGACGACAUCAUCAUUCCUCCAGAAUCUCUACAGCAACCUGCCAAGUUUGAUGAAGCUGAGCAAGUGUGGGUCUGGGAAUAUGAGACUGAAGAAGGAGCCCAUGACCUGUAUAUGGAUACCGGGGAGGAGAUCCGUUUCCGUGUGGUGGAUGAGACCUUCAUUGAUACAUCCCCAACAGGCCCAAGCUCUGCAGGGCCUUCUACCUCUGGUGUUGCAGAUGAGGCCCAGAAGAAGGAAGCUCCCUAUACUCUUGUGGGAUCAAUCAGUGAACCUGGACUGGGCCUCCUAUCCUGGUGGACAAACAGUUAACCAAUAGGAGAGGCUGUUCUGCACUAUGGAACUU